GUGCGAGGGGCGGGUUGGGGUGGAGCGCGGCUUCUGCAGAGGACAAGGCCCUAGUGCAGAUCUGCAGCUCUAACUUCUGCCAAAAUGAGCGGCCUGCGUGAGGGCAACAGCUUCCCUGUCGCUGAAACCUGCGGCCUCGCUACUCCUGAUCAUGCCCCGGGACACCCGGACCUAAACCAGUGCCAGGGCGAGGAAACGGAGGCGGCACAGGUGAGGGCAGGCGCAGGUGAGGGCGGCUUGGAGACUGCGGCGGAGGGAGGUGCAGCCCGGGGCCCCGCGGUCUGGGGCCCCCCGCUCCGCAUUCGAGUUGCAGGGAGUCGCGGCCGCUCAGCGACCAAAGUGGGCCAGAAGGAGGUCACCCCUCCCACCGAAGGCCGGGAGGCAGCCUCCGCCUGCGCCUCGGUGGCGACCUACAGUAGUCAGGAAAAUGGCUGUCCGCGUAAAGAGAAAGCUCCAGAAGCCUGUGGCGCAGGGGGUUUGGGGUUUCAGACGAUGAUGCCCCGCGCUAAAAUCAAGGAAAUGACAAAAAAGUGCUCCGUUUCUGCAGCAGCAGAAAAAGAAGGAGUAGCAGAGGAGGUGGUGGAGGAAAAGAAGGCGAUUCAGAAGGGAAAAAAGGUGGUAGGAGGAAUGAAAGAGGAGACUCGGGCUAGGGCCCCGAAGGUCAAUAACUGCAUGGACUCGCUGGAGGCCAUCGAUCAGGAGCUGUCAAAUGUAAAUGCUCAGGCCGACAGGGCCUUCCUUCAGCUGGAGCGCAAGUUUGGCCGGAUGCGAAGGCUCCAUAUGCAGCGCAGAAGUUUCAUUAUCCAAAAUAUCCCAGGUUUCUGGGUCACUGCCUUUCGAAACCACCCCCAGCUGUCACCUAUGAUCAGUGGCCAAGAUGAAGACAUGAUGAGGUAUAUGGUCAAUUUGGAGGUGGAGGAGCUUAAACACCCCAGAGCAGGCUGCAAAUUCAAGUUCAUCUUUCAGAGUAACCCCUACUUCCGAAAUGAGGGGCUGGUCAAGGAAUAUGAGCGCAGAUCCUCUGGCCGGGUGGUGUCUCUUGCCACUCCAAUCCGCUGGCACCGAGGCCAAGACCCCCAGUCCCAUAUCCACAGGAACCGGGAAGGGAACACUAUCCCCAGUUUCUUCAAUUGGUUCUCCGACCACAGCCUCCUAGAAUUCGACAGGAUUGCUGAGAUUAUCAAAGCAGAACUGUGGCCCAAUCCCCUACAAUACUACCUGAUGGGUGAAGGGCCCCGCAGAGGAUUUCGAGACCCAGCAAGGCAGCCAGUGGAGAGCCCCAGGUCCUUCAGGUUCCAGUCUGGCUAAUCCUGUGCUUGUGAGAAGCUCCUGCAUAAGUUUCCUUACCACCACCUUUUGGACCUGUGCUUAGCCAACAACAUGCAGUCUUCCAUCUGCUUUCUCCUCACACUGGAUUAUUUCGUCCUUUGUUUCUUCCAGCUCUUCAACAAUCAGUUCCAAGACUCUCUCUUCUAUGCCUGUGCUUUUCCUCUGGGCCUUCAUGCUGUUCUGCAUCCUGUUAUAUUUUCCAAGUGCAUGACUUCUGUGCCAAGCAUAUGAUGCUGUAGAUAUACAUUGCUUUCCUUUGCAUGCCUUGGGCUCUGUGACUAUGAUCUUCUCCCAGUUCUUUAAGUGUUAUCUACCACAAAAAAGCUCGAUAUGUGCAAAUGACUGCUGGGUUUCAUACUUUAUGCUGGUUGCCCUGUGAAACCCAUGUACUCCAUGGGAGGUCUGGGAGUGUCCCUGCUGCAAGAUGAAGUUGAUACGGAUGAUGUCGGCUGUCAGCCAAACUGGACAUUACAGGCUGCCACUGACAGGUUCCCAACUGCCUUCCUGGGUCCAUGCCAUCCACCCUGUUGAUCAUCUGGCAGGAUAAGCAGGUGGCUGGUGGGUGGCUGCUAGGAAUGGCUGGGGUAACAGAUGAGAGGUAUUCUGUGUUAUCACUGUUGGUCGUCUUAUGUCUUUGGGCACUUUGCAUUGUGACCUGGUACUGGUGAGUAUGAAGGCCUAUGCUGUGGCCCCGCCCAAACCUCUCAGCUUUCUGGAUGAGCUUUGCACAGGCACCAUUGCCUUCCUCUUCAGGAAUGAUCUGUAGACUUAGACUCCUAGGUAGCAUAAAGGAACUCCCUGCUUCUCCCACCCUAUGGUUACCCAUCAACCUAAUUGUCAUAUGUUCAAAGCAGGUCUUAUGGAGUACACUUCCAGCAGUUGGCCUUUCUAAGCCUGAGCAAACAAACCACCUUAAUCUCCUCCGCAGCUUUAUUAGGCAGCUCCCUCCUGACCCUACUGCACCCGCUGUGAGCAAGACAAAGUUGUCAGGGUAGGAGCACUACGGAAGAGGUAUGUUUGGCCUGUGGGGCCUGUUGUGCAUCUGUCUCUCUCUCUUCCUCUUCUCUCUCUCUCCUCACUCCCUCCUCCUUUGUCCCCUUACCGUCCUCCCUCCCUUUCUCCGAAGCAGUUAAAACUCAGAAACAGAAAACAAGACUGGCAAAAAAGCUGGUGGUUUAAUUUGCUCUCUGUUUGAUUGUGUCCAGAGGGAGAAAGGUUACUAAACGAUAGACUCCAGAACUCUUACUGCCUUUUUCUGCCCUGACCCCAAAUUGAUAUAGCAAGGUCUAAACAUUUCAAAGGGACACCUGUAGGUUGAUUGCUUAGUUUGGGCAGUGUUCUUCUGGGCCAGCUUUGACAUCCACACCUUUUCCCCUGUCCUACCAUAACCUUAUGUGUGUUUCUUGAGCUUCAGUGUGAGAAGCUGGGAGGACAGGGAAAAGAGCUUCACAGUUUCAGACAGACCCAGAGCAGGUUGUGUUCUAAAGCAACUGAAGUUUCACUCCAUGGAAAUCCUUUUUUGGGCCUUGGUCCACUUAGAAAUAACCCCAAAGCAGCAUUUUGAAGGUGUUACUUUGUUUCCAAGUGGCCUCCUGUGCCGGCCUUUUUGGCUCUUAGCCCUCUUUCUCCACUUCCUUCCCUGAUUUUAUCCUAACAAAUGAGGGGCAGGCUGCAGUCUGCACUGAGGGAUGCCAAGUCUCCCUCCCAGGGCGUAAAGGGAUAUGUGUAGUCCCUCCAUUUCCAGGAGAGCUCCCAGGAGGUGGACAGCAGUGCUGUCAGGGGUAUCUGACUUGGGAGUUGUAUGGUGGUGGUAAUGACUAUAUGCUCUUAUGCUUUCUCCUUUAAUUUUGAAGGCCUUGCCCUAAGCUCCAUGAAGGCUUGGGAGGUCUGGACACAGAGCAGUGGGAAGGCUGCUCUAGGCUGGGCAAGCUGAAAGCCUGAAACAAAAAUAAGCAUCCUGUGGGGUGGGCUUGGAAAGGCAGAAUGGAAAGCCUGGAGCCCUGCAGGGCCAGAGGUGGAAGGUCCAGAGGCUUUUCUCAGAAAAGGUGGGAGAGUCAAAGUGGUUGACGUUUAAAGAGGAUGCUUGGAGGAGUUAGGUUCUACUCCCAUUUUUUUCUCAAUCUUUGGAUUCACCAGAUGUUUGUGCAUAAAAAUGCAAGUGGAUGUUUUUUCUGUGUUAUUCUAGGAUUGACUGUAUGUAUGUGGAAGAUUACUGGUAUAUGCUCCAUAUUGCAUUAUGUUUGAGUAACUCCUAUUCCCUUUUCCCAUUUUUGCUUAUUGGCAAAAUUGACAUUUACAGGCCUGCUUUUUGCUUGUAAUUGAGAUUGCACAAAAACACCAAACUUGUUCCUUGUGCAGUAUGAAGACUUCUGUGAAUAUUCAUUAAUAUAUCAGUUUGUUCUGGUCUCUCUUCAAAUAUAUAGCUCUGCUCUUAGAAAUGUUAUUUGAAUGUGAUCUUUGAAAUUUUGCAAAUUGUUUCUGUGUUUUGUGAAAGCAGUCUCAAAAACACAACUCUGUUGUCUUGAUAUUUCUUGCCCUAGUUGUAAUGUUGUUGACAUUUUAUGUUCCUAACCAGUGUAUUUGUACAAUUGCUCUGUCAAAUUAAAGAAGAAUUUAGUAUUUUAGUCUUCUCCUUUGUGCUUGAAGGCAAAAUAAAAUUGGUCACUCUGCUGUA